UAAUAUGUAGCGGCCGAGAGUGCGCUGCGACAGGAUUGGCUAAUCCGCCGGGUGUGACACGCCUACUAGCAGCAGCUCUUGAGUUCAGCUGCAACGGUUCCGUUAUGUCGAUCAGAUCCCUCGCUAUAGUAGCAUUAGAUGCGCUGAAGAUGAGCAGACACACUGUUCCUCGAGCCAUGAUCAGUUAGGAAACUCUGAAAACGGUGGACGAGCUGAGGACAAUGGCGAGAGACUUCCCCACGACGAGUCUGAGUAACAUCGAGCUCGCCUCUCUUCGGGAUCCUGCAGGGAUCUUCGAGCUCAUCGAGGUGGUCGGGAACGGGACUUAUGGACAGGUUUACAAGGGUCGUCAUGUGAAAACAGGCCAGCUGGCAGCGAUCAAGGUGAUGGAGGUGACGGAGGACGAGGAGGACGAGAUCAAGCUGGAGAUCAACAUGCUGAAGACUCACUCCCAUCACAGGAACAUAGCCACGUACUACGGUGCGUUCGUGAAGAAGAGUCCUGCGGCUCAGGACGACCAGCUGUGGCUGGUGAUGGAGUACUGCGGCGCUGGCUCGGUCACAGACCUGCUGAAGAAGACCAAAGGAAGCUGUCUGAAGGAGGACUGGAUCUCCUACAUCUGCAGAGAGAUUCUGAGAGGUCUGUUACACCUGCACACUCAUCACGUGAUCCACCGAGACAUUAAAGGACAGAACGUGCUGCUGACGGAGAACGCUGAGAUCAAGCUGGUGGAUUUCGGCGUCAGUGCUCAGUUGGACAGGACGAUCGGCAGGAGAAACACGUUCAUCGGGACGCCGUACUGGAUGGCUCCGGAGGUGAUCGCGUGCGACGACAACCCUGACUCCACGUAUGACUACAGGAGCGACGUGUGGUCUCUGGGCAUCACCGCUCUAGAGAUGGCCGAGGGAACGCCUCCCCUGUGUGACCUGCAUCCCAUGAGAGCACUGUUCCUCAUCCCACGAAACCCUUCUCCCAGACUCAAGUCCAAGAAAUGGUCGAAGAGGUUUCAGAUGUUUGUGGACAGCUGUCUGGUGAAGAACUACCUCCAGCGGCCGUCCACAGAAACGCUCCUGCGCCACUCCUUCAUCAGAGACCUUCCCAACGAGCGACAGGUGCGCAUCACGCUCAAAGACCACCUGGACAGGACCAGGAAGAGGAGGACAGAGAAAGAGGGGAUGGAAUAUGAAUACAGCGGCAGUGAAGAUGAAGAAGAUGCUAUGAAUGAAGAUGAAGGUGAACCCAGCUCUAUAGUCAAUCUUCCUGGAGAGUCCCUGUUGAGACGGGAGUUCCUGCGUCUGCAGCAGGAGACACACACACAAACACACCUGCUCCAGCAAACACACAACCAGGACAACUACAAGAGACAGCUGCUGGCCGACAGACACAAGAGGAUCCAGCAGCAGCAGGAGGAGCGCCGCCGCCUCGAAGAUACCGGACUCCAGUGGCCAGAGCUCCAGGAGAUGAUGUGGCAGGAAGACCUUGACGUGACUGAGAAGAGCAGAAGAAAUCACAAGAAACAGCCCAGAGACGGUGAGCAGGACAGGACUGAUCCUGAAUCAGCGGCUCUGGCAGGUAAACUGGAGUCUCUGGACACACAUCUUGUGAAUCUGAAUAAUGUGGUGAGGAUUCCUCAUGUUCAGUCUCGUCUGGGAUCAGGAAGCACCUCCAGUCCGUGUACUCCAGUGCUCCAGAGAGCGGCCAAACCACAGCGAUCGAUGAAGUCUUCUUCAGCCCUGACGAGCAGCCGCCCAAGAUUCCAGAGCGAAGCACGUCCAAGUUGAAGGAUGUGGCGAGUCCACACAGAGACGGGUCCAGUGGUGAUGGACGCAUGUCCUUCAGCUCCAGCAGCAGCUCACAGUCCGGUCACUGUCCUGCUGACGCUGUCCUUCCUGCAGGACACUGUGUGCUGGACAGAAGCGCUCAGGCCUCGCCACACAACCAG